AUGCUUGCUUACAGAACUUUGAGAAGCGGCUUGGGCUUGAAAGGUGCCGCCAGGACAUUGACCUCCCUGGCCUCCGCCCUCACUCCAUACAAGCAGCCCGACUUCUCCUCAUACCUUAACGAGAGAUCUGAGCUGAAGAACAAGAACUUCACCUACUUCAUGGUCGGCUCUAUGGGUUUGUUGUCUGCUGCUGGUGCUAAAUCCACUGUCGAGGCUUUCCUUUCAUCCAUGUCUGCUUCUGCCGAUGUGUUGGCCAUGGCCAAGGUUGAGGUUAAGCUUGGUGCCAUUCCAGAAGGUAACAACGUUAUUGUCAAGUGGCAAGGUAAGCCUGUGUUCAUCAGACACAGAACCGCCGAUGAGAUUUCCGAGGCUGAGUCCGUGGACGUGUCGUCUUUGAGAGACCCCGAGAGCGACGAUGUCCGUGUCAAGAAGCCCGAGUGGUUGAUCAUGUUGGGUAUCUGUACCCACUUGGGAUGUGUGCCUAUUGGUGAGGCCGGUGACUUCGGUGGCUGGUUCUGCCCAUGCCACGGUUCCCACUACGAUAUCUCUGGUAGAAUCAGAAGAGGCCCUGCGCCUUUGAACUUGGAGAUUCCUCAGUACGAGUUCUCCGACGACUCCACCUUGGUCAUCGGAUAA